AAAGAAUAACGAAACCAUGUCGAGAACAUGUCCACAUUCUCUCUCUCUCUCUCUCUCUCUACCGUCUAUAUCUACGAAAUUACAGUUGGGUCUCUGCUAGAGACCAGAGAAGCCAUGAAAGGGGACGAAGAACCCGAGGUUGAUCGCCUUCCAGUCGACCUUCUCGCUCACAUAUUCGCUCUCUUCACUUCCUUUAGGGACUUGGCAGAGGCCAGUGGAGUCUGCAGGAAAUGGAGGCGAGCAGUGAAGCAAUCGCUGGCUCGGAGAGAGAGGCUGAGCUUUGCUGGGUGGAAAAUGGACGAUGACUCCACCACCCGCCUUGUUCGCCUCGCCUACAACCUCAAGGACCUGGAUAUUUCAAAGAGCCGAUGGGGUUGCCAAAUAACAGACAUCGGAUUAUACCAAAUAUCUUCGACAAAAUGUGUCAGCAAUUUGAUUUCUCUUUCCCUGUGGGGUAUGACAGGGAUCACAGAUCAGGGUGUUGUUCAACUGAUUUCAACAACUACCUCCUUGCAACACCUGAAUAUUGGUGGUACAUUCAUAACAGAUGAUUCUUUAUUUGCUAUUGCAGAUAACUGUCCAUAUUUGAAGACUAUCGUACUAUGGAGCUGUCGACAUGUAACCGCAAGUGGGCUUGCAUUCGUUGUAAAAAAAUGCCGCAAGCUGGAGUCAAUAAAUGUGUGGGGUACAAGGGUUCCUCUAGACUGCUUCAUUGGCUUGCUUGCCAUCAAUCCAGCCCUUAAGAUUAAACUCUAAGGGUAACUGCUGUAUUGUCACAAAGAUUGUGAUUUCUCUAAAUGAUAUUCACGUACAGAUUGUUGAUCGCAUCCAUGCAUUUACUACAGUGUGUAUAACAUAAAGAAUUCAUAUCAUUUCUCCAUGUAUCCACCUCAAUAAAUUAUUGGUUGUUCCCCUCA